AUGGCGGGCGCUGUGCGGCCGGGAGCCGAGCUAUUGGCCUUCGAGCGGUUCCGGGAUUCAAGCGAGGCGCGGCUCGCCUACGGCUACGGGCCGCGCAGCCUGCGCGAGCUGCGGGAGCGCGAAUUCGGCCGCCUAGCAGGAACAGUGUACCUAGACCAUGUAGGAGCGACGUUGUUCCCCCAGAGCCAGCUGACAAGCUUCACAGAUGAUCUCCUACAAAACAUCUAUGGUAAUCCUCACAGCCAGAACAUCAGCAGCAAGCUCACCUAUGACACUGUGGAACAGGUGCGCUACAGGGUCCUAGCGCACUUCCACACCUCCCCAGAUGACUACAGUGUGAUCUUCACGUCUGGGAGCACUGCUGCUCUAAAGCUGGUGGCAGAGGCCUUCCCGUGGGUGCCCCGGGGCCCUCAGAGCAGCGGGAGUUGGUUUUGCUACCUCACUGACAGCCAUACCUCCGUGGUAGGCAUGAGGGAGGUCACUACGGCCAUGAAUGUCACUUCUAUUCCAGUCAAGCCAGAGGACAUGCGGUUAGCAGAGACACAGGGUGCUGCUGCCUGCGACCCUGAUAGCCAGCCUCCACAUCUCUUCUGUUACCCAGCUCAGAGUAAUUUUUCUGGAACCAGAUACCCACUUUGUUGGAUAGAAAGGAUCAAGUCCGGGGGGAUGUGCCCAGUGAAUGUACCCGGAAAGUGGUUUGUGCUGCUUGAUGCGGCCUCCUAUGUGAGCACCUCACCUUUGGACCUAUCAGCACACCAGGCCGACUUUGUCUCCAUCUCCUUUUACAAGAUCUUUGGAUUCCCCACUGGCUUGGGGGCUUUGCUGGUGAAUAAUCGUGUGGCUCCUCUGCUGAGGAAAACCUACUUUGGAGGAGGCACAGCCACUGUGUACCUUGUAGGAGAGGACUUCUAUGUCCCAAGACAGUCAGUGACUGAAAGGUUUGAAGACGGCACCAUCUCAUUCCUUGAUGUGAUAGCGCUGAAGCAUGGAUUCGAUGCCCUCGAGCGCCUCACAGGUGGGAUGGAGAAUAUAAAGCAGCACACCUUUACCUUGGUGCGGUACACCUAUGCCGCCCUGUCCUCCCUCCAGUACCCCAAUGGAGCCCCUGUGGUGCGGAUUUACAGCGAUUCCGAGUUCAGCAGCCCCGAGGUUCAGGGUCCAAUCAUCAAUUUCAACGUGCUAGAUGACCAAGGGAACAUCAUUGGUUACUCCCAGGUGGAUAAAAUGGCCAGUCUUUACAACAUCCAAGUGCGAACUGGCUGCUUCUGUAACACUGGAGCCUGCCAAAGACACCUGGGGAUAAGCAACGAGAUGGUCAAGAAGCAUUUUCAGGCAGGUCAUGUCUGUGGAGACAAUGUUGACAUCAUAGAUGGGCAGCCUACAGGGUCUGUGAGGAUUUCAUUUGGAUACAUGUCUACUCUUGAAGAUGCCCAGGCCUUCCUCAGGUUCAUUAUAGCAACCCGAUUGCAUUCGUCAGAUGGCCGGCCUAUUCCUCAAACCCUCACUAGGGAGGCUGCAGCCCCAUCAACACAGCAAAAAGCUCUGAACACGCCUGCUGUCCUGGGUGUACGUGAUCUCUCACCUCAGGAAGACACUCUCACAAGCUCCAGAGUUUGGGAUGACUUGUCCACUACCGUGAAUGUCAUGGGUCUUUGCCCACCUGUGUGUGAGGUUGAUGAAAGCCAGCAGACUCCUUCAGAGAAAGUUCAGGGAGUCCUGGAUGGAAACAGCAGUCCAUACAUUGUAACAAACUUGUACCUCUACCCAGUCAAAUCCUGUGCUGCAUUUGAGGUGACCAGGUGGCCUUUAGGAAACCAAGGGCUGCUGUAUGACCGGAGCUGGAUGGUUGUGAAUCACAACGGUAUUUGCCUGAAUCAAAAGCAGGAGCCUCGACUCUGCCUGAUCCAGCCCUUCAUUGACCUGCAGCAGAGAAUCAUGGUCCUCAAAGCCAAAGGAAUGGAGCCUAUGGAGGUGCCUCUUGAGGAAAACAUUGAACAAACUCAGAUUUGCCAAAGCAAAGUCUGUGCCGACAGGGUAAAUACUUAUGACUGUGGAGAAGAAAUUUCUAGAUGGUUGUCAGUGUUUUUUGGCCGUCAGUGUCAUUUGAUCAGACAAAGUUCAGGCUUCCAAAGAAACGCAAAGAAGAAACAUAGAAAAGGUCACUCUCCUGAAACAACAGCUACCCUUUCUUUGGUGAAUGAAGCCCAAUAUCUGCUACUCAACAGAUCAAGUGUUUUGGAACUUCGGCAGCAAUUAAAUGUUAGUGAUGAGAAUGGAAAGGAAGAAUUAUUCGCACUGAGUGAUCUCAUCUCACGUUUCCGUGCCAAUAUUGUUAUCAGUGGAACAGGGGCUUUUGAAGAAGAGAAAUGGGAUGAGAUUUCAAUUGAUUCCUUGCAUUUCCAGGUUUUGGGACCUUGUCAUAGAUGCCAGAUGAUUUGCAUUGAUCAGCAAACUGGGCAAAGAAAUCAAGAUGUUUUCCAGAAGCUUUCUGAGAGUCGAAAGAGAAAGGUGGUAAAUCCCAAAGUCAAAAUUGUUGCAACAUCAUUCUAUAAGAGCAAGCUACUGAGCAUGUCUAAAUCUAGUCUGUAA